CCUCACAAUUACCUUACUUUUGGUUUCUAUUGAGUUCAAAACAAUGGCUUCCAAAGCUACUGCCUCCCUCGCCUUCCUCCUCGCUCUCAAUCUCCUCUCCUUCUCCCUCGUCUCCGCCUGCGGUGACUGCUACCCUAACCCCACACCUUCCCCUGAGAAUGGAAAAUGCCCUAAAUACACUCUUAAGCUAGGAGUUUGUGCCAAAUUGCUCGGAGGUCUGGUCGAUGCAACCAUCGGCAAGCCACCGGUGACUCCCUGCUGCAGUCUGAUCAAUGGCCUAGUUGAUCUUGAAGCUGCCGUGUGUCUUUGCACUGCCCUUAAAGCCAAUGUGUUAGGAAAGGAACUCAACAUCCCCAUCUCCCUCAGCUUGCUUCUCAAUGCCUGCGGCAAGAAAGUUCCCAAUGGAUUCCAGUGCUAAUUUAGCAUCUUUGUUGACUUCAAUAAUUAUUCAAUAUUGGUUAAUGUCUUAAAAUAAUUACAAUUGUAGCUCGCUUCUUUGUUUUGCUUCAUGU